CGUCGGACCUGAAACAACAAACUGGACGCUAAACAGUCAGGUUUCAGGAGUGGCCAUUCAACUGAGACUGCGCUUCUCUCGGUCACUGAAGCCCUGCGAAUUGCAAAAGCCCAUUCCAAAUCAUCAGUCCUCAUUCUGCUGGAUCUAUCUGCCGCGUUUGACACUGUCAAUCAUCAGAUACUCCUCUCCACUCUCUCAUCACUGGGCAUCGCUAGAAUUCCACUUCGCUGGUUUGAAUCCUAUCUCACUGGUAGGUCUUUCAGGGUGGCCUGGGGAGGGGAGGUUUCCAAAGCACAUACACUGGUCACUGGGGUUCCUCAGGGAUCGGUUCUUGGACCCCUCCUCUUCUCCACAUACACUACAUCACUGGGUCCCAUCAUACAGGCACAUGGAUUCUCCUACCACUGCUAUGCUGAUGACACACAGCUCUAUCUCUCCUUUCAACCAGAUGAUCCAACGGUAGCUGCAAGGAUCUCAGGUUGCCUGGCGGACAUCUCGGCAUGGAUGAAAGAACAUCACCUUCAGCUCAACCUGGCAAAGACUGAGCUUCUUGUCUUUCCCGCCGCUCCAACUCUACAGCAUGACAUCACGAUUAAGUUAGGUUCAUCAACAAUUACCCCAUCAACUUCGGUCGGAAAUCUUGGUGUAAUCUUUGAUGACCAGCUGACCUUCAAAGACCACAUUGCAAAGACUGCUCGAUCUUGCAGGUUUGCACUACACAACAUCAGAAAGAUCAGGCCCUUUCUGACAGAGCAUGCUGCACAACUUCUUGUCCAGGCCCUUGUCAUUUCUAGGCUGGACUACUGCAAUGCUUUUCUGGCUGGACUUCCAUCAAACACAGUCAAACCUCUACAAAUGAUUCAGAAUGCGGCGGCACGACUGGUCUUCAAGGAACCCAAAAGAGCCCAUGUUACACCUCUCUUUAUCUCAUUGCAUUGGCUACCAGUCGCAGCUCGCAUCAAGUUCAAGACACUGAUGCUUGCUUAUAGAACAACCACAGGCUCAGCACCCGCCUACAUGCACUCACUAUUAAGAAUCUACAUCCCCUCCAGAAGUCUGAGAUCUGCUAGUGAGCGACGCCUCGUGGUACCAUCACAAAGAGGCUCAAAAUCACUCUCCAGAACAUUCUCGUUCACCAUUCCUGGCUGGUGGAAUGAUCUUCCCACCCAUAUUCGGAGUGCUGGAUCCCUGUCAAUCUUCAAGCAACAGCUGAAAACUCAUCUCUUUCGACACUACUUGACUCCUUAUUUAUUCCUUCCCUUGCUAGCUUGUACUUAUUUAAACAAUGCCUGAGACUUGGUGUUACAAGCACUUCGUUUGUCGGAUUGCCUCUUCAAGAUGAAUCGCUUUAUGUAUUCCCCAAAUUGUAAGUCGCUUUGGAUAAAAG